CUGCUGUUAUUUGUCUGGUGUAAAGUCGAAGAAGGUACAGUAGCAGAAAUAUCGGCAUAUAAACGACUGUUUAACUCCGCAAAUGUCAUAAAAAACUAUGUAGCCUCUUUUGUUCCUGUCAACUUUUGGGGGGUUUACAGAUUCAGCGAACAAAAAAAGUUAUUCAAUCGACUUGCAUUAGCGGAUCAGUAACGGCUUUAUUCUGUUAUCGUUUUCAAAAUGUAAGAACAUUGCAAGCAAGAUAUGGCUUCUCCCAGCAGUCUGUUUUCUGAAGAGCAGUUCCUGUGUUGUAUCUGUCUGGACCUUUUAACUGAGCCUGUGUCCCUUCCAUGUGGACACAACUUCUGCAAGGACUGUAUCUCCAGGCACUGGGAUAACAAUGACCAGUAUCAGUGCCCCAUGUGUAUGAAGGAUUUCUACAGAAGACCUAAUCUUCAGGUCAACACAAUGUUCAGAGAUGUUGUUGAGAAAUUUAAGAAGUUGAAUGUUAGAGGGAAAGAGGAGUUCCCUUUCAAACCUGGAGAAGUGUGCUGUGAUGUCUGUACAGAUACCAAGCUCAAGGCCCUGAAGUCCUGUCUGGUGUGUCUGGCCUCAUACUGUGAGACUCACCUGGAGCCUCAUCAGAGAGUUGCAGCCUUGAAGAAACACAAGCUGGUCGACCCUGUGGAGAACCUGGAGGACAGGAUGUGUCAGAAGCAUGACAAACUUUUUGCACUCUUCUGUAGGACUGACCAGACGUGUGUUUGUCUGAUGUGCGUCAACACAGACCACCAGACUCACAAUGCUGUUCCUUUAGAGCAGGAAUAUACAGAAAUUAAGUUUAAACUGGAAGAUGUGAUGAUGGAAAUUUCUAAGAUUAUACAUAUACACUCUCAGAAGAUUAAGGACAUCAAACACUCGUUGGAGAUCAGCAGGAGAGAUGCACAUAAAGAGAUAUCAGACAGCGUAGAGGUCUUCACUGCUCUGGUGCGCUCCAUUGAGAGAAGCCAGGCUGAGCUCAUUGAGGGGAUUGAGGAGAAGCAGAAAGCAACAGAGAAACAGGCUGAAGGGUUGAUUCAAGAUCUGGAGCAGGAGAUCACUGAGCUGAAGAGGAGAAGCACUGAGCUGGAGCAGCUCUCACACACUGAGGACCACCUCCACCUGCUCCAGAGCUUCCCAUCCCUGAACACCCCUCCACAAACUAAGGACUGGUCUGAGAUCAGUGUCCACAGUGACCGGUAUGAGGGUACACUGGGAAGAUCUGUUUCUCAGCUGAAGGAGACUCUGGAUAGAGAGAUGGAGAAGUUUCCUGAAGUCAAGCUGAAGAGGAUUCAGCAGUAUGCAAUGGAUGUGACUCUGGACCCUGAUACAGCACAUCCCAAUCUCAUUCUAUCUGCGGAUGGGAAACAAGUGAGAGAUGGAGACAAACGCAAUCAUCUUUCUGACGGUCCAGAAAGGUUUGACUCAUGUGUAAUUGUCCUAGGAAAACAAUGCUUCUCCUCACUGAGGUUCUACUAUGAGGUGCAGGUUGAGGGAAAGACUGAUUGGGAUUUAGGAGUGGCCAGAGAGUCCAUUAACAGGAAGGGGGAGAUCACACUGAGUCCUGGAAAUGGAUACUGGACUGUGAGUCUUACUGAUGGAAAUGAGUAUGUGGCUGAAGCUGGACCUGGUCUCCUCCUCUCCCUGAGACAGAAGCCCCAGAAGGUGGGGGUGUUUGUGGACUAUGAGGAGGGUCUGGUCUCCUUUUAUGAUGUGGAGGCCAAGUCUCAUAUCUACUCUUACACUGGCUGCACCUUCAAAGAGAAGCUUUAUCCAUUCUUUAGCCCUAGUCCUAAUGAUGGAGGUAAAAACUCAGCCCCUCUCAUUAUAUCUCCUGUUAAUCCUUAGUUUGCCAUGACCUGUAUAGGGAAAUUUAGCACAGUGUUGGUCAGGCUAUCCUUCUGACAUGGUAUGAAAGCAGUGUCAUUGACGCAGUAUAUAUGUAAUACAUAUCUAUUUGUGUGGCGAUGCACUGAAUGUGUGCAAUGUAACACUGUUGUGUCCUGGAGAGAUGCAGAUAAAGAGGACUUCA